GGCAUGGGUUGGCUCCGGAUUCAGAAAACAGCUGCUGAUGAGAUUCUGUGUCUGCAAGCUGAUUUUAUUCCGUGUUUUUCAACAGCAAGAAUUCGAGAGGGAUGCUACUGUUUGGGUUUCUGAUCGUGAUUUAUAUUUAUUCAGAGGAAUAACAGAGGGUGGAUCUGUUCCCGGCGCGAGCAUGCUCACAACCAGCCGACUCUCCCAUUAUCCAACUGCCUAGUUUGGUGCUUCAAUGUACAUGUAUAUUCCGUGUGCAUAUGUGUGUACACAAACACGCGUGCAUGCCUGGAUGGACAGAUGUGUGCACAGGUUCUGUUUUAAGGACAAUUCUUUCAAUAAGGUUUUUACCCCUUACUUGAAACAGGUGUUCAUGAAAAAAAUGCACAAAAUCCUGACUGGCCGGAAUAAUUCAUGAAGAAGGGGCUGGAUCCGUGGGUCAGAGAACACAGGACCAGUUUGCCAUCCCAAGGCCCAAGAACCCAGUCAUCCUUGCCCCCUGCCCAGACACUUGAAACAGAAAGGCCAUGGCGAGCGAGGUGACGGUCUCCCUCCAACACAGUCCUCCAAGCUCUUAGAAAUCUCUGACACAUCUCGACCAUGAGACCACAGCUAGCUUUUGGCAGGAUUCGAGACACAAACCUGGCAGCCUCGAACUAGUUCAUGGAGGAGCCUCAAGAGAUCCUGGCCAAGCAAGCGCUCCCUUCCAGAGGGAAGAGCAGAGCAUGCGAGGAGGGCAGCUGCAGCAGGAGUGGACAUGAACGCUGGUUUUCAAAGAGAACAGCGUUUUAGUUUUGGUCAUCGAAAGUGGUGCCUUCAGCACAGAAGAACGUGAAUUCCCCUCCAACGCGGUGAUCUCCAACACAGGACUAAAGGAGAGAAGAGGCCAUCCGGAGCCACCCACGGCAUCCAGUGUGGCUUCUCUCGUGCCGGGACUAGGGAUGACUGGGCCAUGCACACAGACAUCCCCUGCCUUCAACAGUUCGCAUAGCACACAGGGGACUCGUGGGGGGCCACUUGCCACUGCCAACUGAAACAAUAUGAUGGCAACAUUGACGUCCUUCAUGACGUUUCCACGACAGACAUUCAGGCAGAAAGUGCUGGUGCAUUUUCUGUCUGCAAAGUAGAGGGCCAUGCCUCACCAAUGUGAAUCGUUUGAGCCCUGAUGACCUGCUCUGAGUCCACUCACAGCCAGUGACACUUGCAAAAAACUCCCAAAGCCGUCUUGGGUUUGGCUUCCUCAGCUCUUGACCAAUGUGGCCAAAGCCAGACGCCUCCUUGGGACACUUGGAUUAUUCAUAAAUGCAGCCUGCCCCUGCCCUCCCUGAAUAGCAUCCAAAGUCUCCGUGGAGGUCAUGGAUCCUGAACAAAGUGUCAAGGGCACCAAGAAGGCUGAGGGAAGUCCCCGGAAGCGGCUGACUAAAGGAGAAGCCGUUCAGACCAGUGUUUCGGCCAGCGCCCCCUACCCAGGCAGCAGCACGGCUGCCACCCCUGAGGGCCCCCUCCAAGAGCUCCUAGCCCCGCAGCCCUUCCCGGGCCCCUCAUCGUCGGUUCUUAGGGAAGGCUCUCAGGAGAAAAUGGGCCAACAGCAGAAGCCCCCCAAGAGGUCCUCCAUCGAAGCCUCCGUCCACAUCUCGCAGCUUCCGCAGCACCCUCUGACACCAGCAUUCAUGUCGCCCGGCAAACCUGAGCACCUCCUGGAGGGGUCCACGUGGCAGCUGGUCGACCCCAUGAGACCUGGACCCUCCAGCUCCUUUGUGACUCCUGGGCUCCAUCCUCAGAGCCAGCUCCUCCCUUCCCAUGCUUCCAUCAUGCCCCCCGAGGACCUGCCUGGCCUCCCCAAAGUCUUUGUGCCCCGUGCCUCCCAGGUCCCGUUGAAGCCCAUGGAAGAGGCACACAAAAAGGAGAGGAAACCCCAGAAGCCAGGCAAGUACAUCUGCCAGUACUGCAGCCGGCCCUGUGCCAAGCCCAGCGUGCUCCAGAAACACAUCCGCUCACACACGGGCGAGAGGCCCUACCCCUGUGGCCCCUGCGGCUUCUCCUUCAAGACCAAGAGUAACCUCUACAAGCACAGGAAGUCCCAUGCCCACCGCAUCAAAGCCGGCCUGGCCUCGGGAGUGGGCAGUGAGAUGUACCCCCCGGGGCUGGAGAUGGAAAGGAUCCCCGGGGAAGAGUUUGAGGAGCCCACCGAGGGAGAAAGCACCGAUUCAGAAGAGGAAACGGGUACCGCGUCUACUCACCCUGCAGAGCUAUCCCCCAGGCCUAAGCACCCUCUCCUGUCCAGCAGCCUGUACAGCUCUGGGAGCCAGGGUUCCAGCCAUGAACGCUGUUCCUUGUCCCAAUCCAGCUCAGCCCCGUCUCUCGAGGACCCCACUCCAUUUGUAGAACCCUCAUCAGAGCACCCCCUGAGCCAUAAACCCGAAGACACCCACACCAUAAAGCAGAAGCUGGCCCUCCGCCUGAGCGAAAGGAAAAAGGUUAUCGACGAGCAGACGUUUCUGAGCCCAGGCAGCAAGGGCAGUACUGAAUCUGGGUACUUCUCCCGCUCCGAGAGCGCCGAGCAGCAGGUCAGCCCCCCGAACACCAAUGCCAGGUCCUACGCAGAGAUCAUCUUCGGCAAGUGCGGGCGGAUCGGGCAGCGGACCACCAUGCUGACGGCCACCUGCACCCAGCCCCUCCUGCCCCUGUCCACCGAAGACAAGCCCAGCCUGGUGCCUUUGUCUGUGCCGCGGACACAGGUCAUCGAGCACAUCACCAAGCUCAUCACUAUCAACGAGGCUGUGGUGGACACCAGCGAGAUAGACAGCGUGAAGCCCAGGAGGAGCUCGCUGUCACGGCGCAGCAGCAUGGAGUCGCCCAAAUCCAGCCUCUACCGGGAGCCUCUGUCAUCUCACAGCGAGAAAACGAAGCCGGAACAAUCACUGCUGAGCCUCCAGCACCCGCCCAGCACCACUCCCCCUGUGCCUCUGCUGAGAAGCCACUCAAUGCCUUCUGCCGCCUGCACCCUCAGUACCCCCCACCACACCUUCCGUGGUAGCUACUCCUUCGACGACCACAUCACCGACUCCGAAGCGCUGAGCCGCAGCAGUCAAGUGUUUACCUCCCACCCCCGGAUGCUCAAGCGUCAGCCGGCCAUUGAACUACCUUUGGGAGGGGAGUACAGUUCCGAGGAGGCAGGGCCAAGUAGCAAAGACACAGCCCCCAAACCCGCAGAUGAGCCGGAACCCAAGGAAAGCGAACUCACCAAAAAGACCAAGAAGGGCUUGAAAACAAAAGGGGUGACCUAUGAAUGUAACAUAUGUGGUGCUCGGUACAAGAAAAGGGACAACUAUGAGGCCCAUAAGAAAUACUACUGCUCAGAGCUUCAGAUCGCAAAGCCCGUCUCUGCAGGUGCUCACGCAUCUCCGGAAGCUGAGAAGAGUCAGGCUGAGCAUGAGCCCUGGUCCCAGAUGAUGCAUUACAAACUGGGGACCACCUUGGAGCUCACUCCGCUGAGGAAGAGGAGGAAAGAGAAGAGCCUUGGGGAUGAGGAGGAGCCACCUGCCUUUGAGUCCACAAAAAGUCAGUUUGGCAGCCCCGGGCCAUCUGAUGCUGCUCGGAACCUUCCCCCAGAGUCCACCAAGUCACCAGCAGAACCAAGUAAGGCAGUGCCCUCCUUGGAGGGACCCUCAGGCUUCCAGCCAAGGACUCCCAAGCCCGGGUCUGGUUCUGAGUCAGGGAAGGAGAGGAGAACAACGUCCAAAGAAAUUUCGGUCAUUCAGCACACCAGCUCCUUUGAGAAGUCUGACUCUCUGGAGCAGCCCAGUGGCUUGGAAGGGGAAGACAAGUCUCUGGCCCCGUUCUCAUCGCCCCCACCCGCCCCGCAUGGACGCUUGGCUCACUCUCUGCAGCCCAAGUUGGUCCGCCAGCCCAACAUUCAGGUUCCCGAGAUCCUGGUGACCGAGGAGCCCGACCGGCAGGACACAGAGCCAGAGCCCCCUCCCAAGGAGCCCGAGAAGACGGAGGAGUUCCAGUGGCCCCAGCGCAGCCAGACGCUCGCCCAGCUCCCAGCCGAGAAACUGCCACCCAAGAAGAAGAGACUGCGCCUGGCAGAGAUGGCUCAGUCAUCGGGGGAGUCCAGCUUUGAGUCCUCUGUGCCUCUGUCCCGCAGCCCAAGCCAGGAAAGCAAUGUCUCUCUGAGCGGGUCCAGCCGCUCUGCAUCCUUUGAGAGGGAUGACCACGGAAAAGCCGAGGCCCCCGGGCCCUCGUCCGACACGCACUCCAAACCCUUGGGCACUCACAUGCUGACCGUCCCCAGCCACCACCCGCACACCCGAGAGAUGCGGAGGUCAGCCUCAGAGCAGAGCCCCAACAUUUCCCAUUCCGCCCACAUGACCGAGGCACGCAGCAAAUCAUUCGACUAUGGCAGCUUGUCCUUGACAGGCCCUUCUGCACCGGCCCCAGUGGCUCCAGCAGCCCCAGCAGCCCCAGCAGCCCCAGUGGCGCCACCAGAGAGAAGAAAAUGCUUUCUGGUGAGACAGGCCUCUCUGAGCAGGCCUCCAGAACCAGAGCCAGAGGCUGCCCCCAAGGGAAGACAGGAGAGCGAGGAACCAAAGCCCUCAUCCAGUAAACCUUCGGCCAAAAGCUCCUUGCCCCAGGCGUCUUCAGUGGCCACCUCACACAGUGGGUAUCCGGGAAGCAAGAGCCAGGCCCAGGACAGGCCCCCGCUGGGGUCCACUCCGCCCUACACAGAAGCACUGCAGGUGCUCCACCACCCCAUUGCCCAGCUCCCCUUGCAGGAGAAACCAUACCUGCCUCCGCCUGUCUCCCUUUUCUCCUUCCAGCACCUCUUGCAGCACGAGCCAGGACAGUCUUCAGAAUUCUUCUCCACUCGGGCCAUGUCCAGCCUCCUCUCCUCACCAUACUCCAUGCCCCCUCUUCCUCCCUCCUUAUUUCAAGCCCCGCCACUUCCUCUCCAACCUACUGUUCUGCACCCAGGCCACCUCCACCUCCCGCAGCUCAUGUCUCACCCAGCCAGCAUCCCCUUCCGGCAGCCCCCCUCGUUCCUGCCCAUGCCAUACCCGGCCUCCUCAGCACUCUCUUCUGGGUUUUUCCUGCCUCUGCAAUCCCAGUUCACCCUCCAGCUCCCAGGUGAUGUGGAAAGCCAUCUGCCACAGAUCAAAACCAGCGUGGCCCCACUGGCAACAGGGACGGCUGGCCUGUCCCCCAGCACAGAGUACGGCAGUGACAUCCAGCUGCCCCCCGUGGCUCCCGCAGCCAGCUCCUCAGCACCCACAUCAGCUCCCCCACUGGCCCUGCCUGCCUGUCCAGACACCAUGGUGUCCCUAGUUGUGCCUGUCCGAAUUCAGACCAACAUGCCGUCCUAUGGGAGCGCCAUGUACACCACUCUCUCCCAGAUCCUAGUCACCCAGUCCCAAGGCAGCUCAGCAACCGUGGCUCUUCCCAAGUUUGAGGAACCCCCAUGCAAAGGGACAAUGGUGAGUGGGGCAGAUGUGUACGAGGUCGGGCCCGGACUGGCCGGGGUAAGUGAAGAGCAGAGCAGAGGCUUCCAGACUCCAUACCUGAGAGUGCCUGUGACAUUACCUGAAAGAAAAGGCACUUCCCUGUCGUCAGAGAGUGUCUUGAGCCUGGAGGGGAGUUCAUCGACAGUGGGAGGAAGCAAACGCGUCCUUUCACCAGCUGGCAGCCUUGAACUUACCAUGGAAACCCAGCAGCAAAAAAGGGUGAAGGAAGAGGAGGCUUCCAAGGCAGAUGAAAAACUAGAGCUGGUAAAACCAUGCAGUGUGGUGCUUACUAGCCCUGAGGAUGGCAAGAGACCAGAGAAAUCCCACUUGGGAAGCCAGGGCCAGGGCAGGAGGGAACUAGAAUCACUGUCCAGCCUGCCCUCAGAUCCAUCUGACCCAAAGGAAAUACCUCCCCUCCCUCACCCCACACUAUCCCAUGUGACAGCCCCAGGCUCAGAAGCUUUGAAGGAAUAUGCCCAGCCAUCUGGUAAACCUCACCGAAGAGUCUUGCCUCCACUAAGUGUGAAGAAAGAAGAUUCCAAGGAACAGCCUGACCUCCCUUCACUGGCACCUCCCAGCUCGCUUCCUCAGUCAGAAACGUCCCCCAGACCAGCCAAGUUGCAAGAAGGUACGGACUCAAAGAAGGUACUGCAGUUCCCCAGCCUCCACACGACCACUAAUGUCAGUUGGUGCUAUUUAAACUACAUUAAGCCAAAUCACAUCCAGCAUGCAGAUAGGAGGUCCUCUGUUUACGCUGGUUGGUGCAUAAGUUUGUACAACCCCAACCUUCCGGGGGUUUCCACUAAAGCUGCUUUGUCCCUCCUGAGGUCUAAGCAGAAGGUGAGCAAAGAGACAUACACCAUGGCCACAGCUCCACAUCCUGAGACAGGAAGGCUCGUGCCAUCCAGCUCCCGCAAGCCCCGCAUGACAGAGGUUCACCUCCCUUCGCUGGUUUCCCCGGAAGGCCAAAAAGAUAUAGCUAGAGUGGAGAAGGAAGAAGAGAAGCGAGGAAAGCCGGAGGAGGACGCUCCUGCCUCCAAGAGAGGGGAGCCGGCGAGGAUCAAAAUCUUCGAAGGAGGGUACAAAUCAAACGAAGAGUAUGUAUAUGUGCGAGGCCGCGGCCGAGGGAAAUAUGUUUGUGAGGAGUGUGGAAUUCGCUGCAAGAAGCCCAGCAUGCUGAAGAAACACAUCCGCACCCACACUGACGUCCGGCCCUAUGUGUGCAAGCACUGUCACUUUGCUUUUAAAACCAAAGGGAAUCUGACUAAGCACAUGAAGUCGAAGGCCCACAGCAAAAAGUGCCAAGAGACGGGGGUGCUGGAGGAGCUGGAAGCCGAAGAAGGAACCAGUGACGACCCGUUCCAGGACUCAGAAGGGCGAGAGGGCUCAGAGGCUGUGGCACAGCACCAGUUUUCAGACCUGGAGGACUCGGACUCAGACUCGGACCUGGAUGAUGACGAGGAUGAGGAUGAGGAGAGCCAGGAUGAGCCAUCAGGACCGUCCUCGGAGGCACCCCCACCCAGCGCACCGGCCACGCUGCCAGCAGACUCUUCACCUGUUCAGGGCUGUCAGCCCCCAGAUGCCACCUCUGGCAACCAGGCCGCGCAGGGCAGCUCAGUCUCGAAAGCCGAGUACUUGGCAGCUGGAGGUUGCUCCAAGUCCAGCCAAAGCAUCCUGUGCCUCCCCCAGCUGGGACCGGCCCCUUCGGGCCCCGUGGAGAAGGACACAAGCUCAGCCCUGAGUGCCAAGGCCUUGUCCCCAAGAAGGCCAUGGUCCCCGGGCAAAGAAGCAGGCAGCCGCCCACCACUUGCCCACAAACACUCACUAACCAAGAGCGAGUCAUCUCCCCAGCGACAUUCACCGGCCGGAGAGCCACAGUUCUCCACCCCAAGCCCACCUGGCUCCCAGACGGGCCCUCCCCCUUGUGGGUCUCCAAGACUCCAGCUGUCUCCUCUCACCUCCCGCACCCUGGGAAGGGAACUGCCCCCUCGAGCACAUCUGCUCCCUGAACCCGAGCGGGCCACAGACCCAGGCCCCCCCAGACACUCGCCCACCAGGAGACGGUCUCCAGGCCAGGCCGAGUCACCACCACGGUCAGUGCUGCCAGGGAAGUGGGCCUUGGCUGGGCCGGGCAGCCCCUCAGCUGGCGAGUGCGGCCCAAGCUCCGGGCUGGCCCCGCGGGCUCUCUACCGGCCCACGCCUCUACCUCACAAGCUUCUCGGCAGAAGCCCCGAGACCAGCACCUCCACAUGGCAGAAGGCCGAGUCCCGAAGCCCCUCCUGCUCACCUGGCCCUUCUCAUCCUGUCUCCUCUCGACCCUUCUCCGCCCCCCAUGACUUCCACGGCCACAUCCCGACCCGGACAGAGAACAUCUUCAGCCACCUUCCUCUGCACUCGCAGCACUUGGUUCGAGCCCCAUGUCCCCUGAUUCCCAUCGGUGGCAUCCAGAUGGUGCAGGCGCGGCCCGGGGCCCACCCCACCCUGCUGCCAGGGCCCACGGCGGCCUGGGUCAGUGGCUUCUCCGGGGGUGGCAGCGACCUGACAGGGGCCCGGGAGGCCCAGGAGCGAGGCCGCUGGAGUCCCACUGAGAGCUCAUCAGCCUCUGUGUCCCCCGUGGCUAAGGUCUCUAAGUUCACACUGUCCUUGGAGCUGCAGGACAGGAACUAUCCCAAGGAGAGGGAGAGGACGAGCGGGGGCCUCGGCAGACCUCCCAGCUGGGAGCCCUGUGUGGCUGAAGUGUCCGCAGAGCCCGUGCCCACGCACAGCCCAUGCACUCUGCCCGAGGCCUCCCCCCGGCCACCCCAGGGUCGCCGGGCAGAGUCCUGGAGCCCGCACUUGGAGUCACCACGCACAUUGGCCAACCCCGUGGCCUCUGCCUCCCUGCCACUGGACCGCAGCAGUUCUGUAGGCUGCCUGGCAGAGGCGUCCACUUGCUUCCCAGCCCGGAGGAGGAACCUCUCUGGGGAACCCAGGACCAGUCAGGGCUCCCCUGAGCCCUCAGGAAGCGGGGGGCCCGAGGCACCUCCACACCAGCCCGAGGACAGGGGCCCCCUGAGCACUUAGCCUCUCUCUGACCGCUUCAGCACCUGGCUUCCGGUGUUCGGCAACAGACACUUCCAGCCCACUUCCUGGAAUCAUCUUCCUCUCAUGGGCUCCCUCUUCCAUCUGUCCAUCUGUCCAUCUGUCCAGGCAGCUUCUGCUCAGCCCCCGUCAGUUGUAUCUUCCCAUGUAUGCAGUUACCUGUGCCUUUUUCUAUACCGUUUGUUGCUUGAAAAGAAACAAAACAUACACACACAUAAGAAACCCCACGAGGAGUUUGAGGCUGUGAAUAUUUUGUGCUUUUUUUGGGAAAGGGUGUAGGUGGGGCCUCACCUUCCACCACUGGGGUCAGCAGCCACCCCCCAAGACUGGCAAGAGGUGGCCAUCUGCUGAGGGAAAGGGGAUGCAUUGAGGGAGAAAAAUAAAAACAAGGAACUUUCAAAAAUAUAUAAUUAAAUGUAAAAGCAAGCACUCCUAUGUACAGAUGUUUAUGUCCUAUUCAUUGCCACUUUAUCCCACCCCAGCUAGCAGCCACCCCUCGCUGACAGCAGAAGGGCCCAUGGCUCCAGGCAGAGGGACACAGACAGGCAGGGAGAUCCCACUUCGCCUCCACAGGUUGGUUCCCACUUUCUUUUCCCAAGAAAAAGAAAAUGUUACUUUCUCUAGGAUUUCAACGCAACAUAAUAGACGCAGGUAGAAGGUAGGAACUGGUUGGUUCUCCCAGGGUUCCCAGAUACCCAGGUGGUCUGAAUCGUGGACACAUCCUGGCAUUUGACCAGUGGACACACACACCCCCCACACACACCUCUGCACCCCACCUCCAGCCCCUGGCCUGAGAAAGGAGCCCUCACCACCCAGCUCCCGGCUCCUGAGCACCUGACCCAGGCCUUGCUCUUUGGGUCCCAGCCACAGGCUGCCUUCCUUUUCAGAAAUUUCCCACAAGGCUGGUGUGGCAGGGCCCAGCCCCUCGGGGUCAAGAUCCAAGGUGCAUAACCUUGCUAUUCCUGAGGCUAGGGCUUGGGAGUACAAUGAGCCCUUUUUUUCUCUGUGGCUGGGCUUUUCCAGAGCUUGGCACUGGAAGUUAGCAGGGACCCGUGUCUGCACCUCUUUGAAGCAGGACUGGUUCCCCGUCCCACCCACCACACUGUCAGGCCUCCAGGAGCCUCAGGAAGUACCCAAAACAUGACUAGUGGGAACUGCCCAAUUCUGUUUAUUGGUUUAAAUCUCUUAACAAACAAACAAACAAACAAAAAAACUACAUAUAUAAAAAUAUCUAGAAAGAGAGGAUGCUGUUUGAUACUUCCCCCAGCCUCCUCACAUUCUUUUGGCCUAGAGCAGGGGUCGGCAAACUUUUGAGACGGAACAUACCCAAAGAGCUGCAGUUUGCCGACCCCUGGCCUAGAGGAUUUUUAAUUUUCCUAAGUCAUUUGAACUCUCCAAAGUAAUCUGUACUAGCCAGCGCCUCCAUCCCCAUCCCCAACUCCUCCUUUAAAAAGCUGCCCUGCAAUUGCUUGGGCAAAAACCUGCUUUGUAAGAAAAAUAGUAUGACCAGAAACUAAAAUCCCAGGUUGAAAAAUGCAAUUUGAACUUUAGAAUGUUUACCCAGGGAGGGGUGGAUUUUUCCCUACCCCUCCAGAAAUUAUUUUCUUUAAGUUUCUACAAAGAGGAGAAAGCACGUGGCUCCCCGACCCACUGGCUGGGUGCUAAGGCCACCUUACAGAGUAGGGUCCUCCCUGGGAGGCCCCCCAUCCUCAGCCAGGCUGUAGGGAUCCCGUCCGCAUAGAGGGCUCCUGGGCCGUUCUCUAGAUGGGACGCCAUAAGGUGGGGAGGGUUGAGGAGCCUCUGUGAGCUUCCCAGUCGCUGCCAUGAUUCCGGCCUCCUCCGGCUCAGGGCCUUCCCUUGCGUGGACUCUGCUGAGCGGGCAAACCAGUCACUGGUCCAGUCUCCAGCCAGGUCAACUUAUUCAUUUUCCUUUGACCUCACUCAGAGCUCAGACAAAAUGGGGACUCCAAGGUGCUAGGGGUGCGGUUGGUGAGCAAUGCCUGCCUGCCUAACCCAGAGUCUGGGGCUCUCACGUACCCUGGGAGAAGGCCAGCAAGCCAGGCCCUGACCAUACUGGCACUGUUCUGGCCUGGCAGGAAGAGGGAAGGAGCCAGGCGCCAGUCACAUCCCGGGCCAGAGGCUGGGGAUUCCUUCACCCUCGCCUUUCAGUCCUACCCUAUGGGGCUGCUCAAGGACAAGAGACUUGGUGUGCUGAGGCCUGGGAGCUGGAUAAAGGGCACUGCUUCCGCCCAGGUUUCAAAUCUUCCUGGGUGUGAUCUAGCCCCAGAUCUAAGCACCAGACUGAGCGCUCUGCUGAACUAGCCCCUGACCUUGGGGGUGGCCAUGCCCUUCCACCCAGCCCUGCACCCCUAGCUCUCCUGGGCAUAUUCCCCCUUCCUCCGUCCUCAGCCCACCCACCAAGGUUUCUCUCCUGGAAGGCAUAAUCCUGGAUGGUGUUGCCAGCAGGGGAGAGCCCUCGAGGUCACUUAAGCCACAGGUGGAGGGGACUGAGACCAGAAGUCACUGGAGACCCAUUUCUCAAUGACAGGGACAUGGUGCACACGGGAUCUGGCCUAAGGGCUGCUGCCCCACACAGUGCCCAGAGGGAUGAAAUCAAUGCCACCAGCCUGGGUCGUAUGUCACUGGGCAUAGCUCUAAACCUCUCUGCCAGAUUCUAUUCCCACUCCCCUGAGCACGAGCCCCAGCCCACAUGGGCACCUUCAUAAUGGAGAAGAAGACUUUUUCAUGCCCUCCCCAGGCCCCCUGCCGUGCUCCCGACCACUACCACAUUUCUAGUCUGCCUGUGGCGCUCUUGUCCCUAGAGAACGCAGUGCUAACUGGUUGGCACAGACACUUGCGUGCUCUGUGGAAAUCUGUGGGGUGGCCAUUCCUUGGUAUAGGCCCACUCUGGUCCUUGGGUAUUGACAGUCGGGGAGGACCAACUUGCCGAGGUUUCAAAGCCAACUCUUGCCAUUUAUUGGGGAUUCCAAGCCGCUUGCCCCCAAGCCCACCCUCCAGGAUGCCCUUUCACCCCCAGCAAGCUGAGGGUUAUUUCUGGAUACUAACCCCGUUCGUCUUGGAGGCGCCUUUCCCCAGCCCCACCCCCUACCCAUGGCUUCCACUCUAACCCCAACCACUGAGACCCUCCAGGAGCCUGACAGCAGUGAACCGCCCACUCUCCCACCUCCGUCACCUCCAGUUUCCAGACCCAGAAGUCCCUCUACCUCCCUCUGUGGGAAAAGUCUGAAAGAAUUCGCGUCCAGAUCCCUUUAGUCCCUACUCCAUUCCCUACUCCAGCCCCUUUGAAUAGGAACAAGCAAUAUAUCGGAAUUGAAUUGCUCUCCAGUCAUUUCUUCAGACAAAUCCUUCUUAAAGUGAAAGUCCUGCCUGGGCAGACAUCCAUGGAGACAGAUCCGUAGCUUUGAUCAAGAGCAGGAGGUUCUCAAAGGCUUUCUCCACAAAUUCUGCCUCUGUGUCGUGAAUCCAGUCCGCUUUCCAUUAGAAAACUGCUUCGGCACUUGCGAUCACUUUAUUAAACCUAGUAUUAAAAAUAAAAAAGAAGAGAAAACGGAAAAAAAAGAAAGGUGUAGGCAAAUGUAAGAUACAUGCUCUCUGUAAGAUAAAUAUUUGCCUUUUUUUCUAAAAGGUGUAUGUAUUCUGUCUGUGAAAUUGUCUGUAGAGAGUUUCUAUGUUCUUAAAUGGCAAUACAUUCCAAAAAUCGUACUGUAGAUAUGUACAGCAACCACACUGGGAUGGGGUAGUUUUGCCUGUAAUUUUAUUUAAACUCCAGUUUCUAUUACUUGCAUCUUGCAAUGUCAGUAUGGUAUAUAUCAGUGCAAAAGAAAAGAAAACAAAACAAAAUCAACAAAAAUCCAUGCAGGUCUAAAGCACAGAGUCUGACGUAUACAAGGAAAAAAAGACGCUCAGUAUUGAUGUGUGUGACCUUUGUUGUAAAUUAUAUCUGUACUGUGAAUGAGAAGUUUUUACAAGUAUAAUAAUUGCCUUUAUUACAGCUCUGGCUGAGUGUUCAGCCUGAGGAUAUUUUUUAAAAAAAAAACAACAACAGCAUGUUGGAAUAAAUUUGAAAAUCCCAACAUA